GGGCGGGGAGGGAAAAGGAUGUGUGUGUGUGUGUUUAAGGUUAAAGUCGGAAAGGAGGUGGCCCGCCGAAAAACUGUCUUUCUGGCUCGAGUGUAAAAGAUUUCGUGGCUUUUCUUAACGUCGCGAUCGCUGAUGAUGUCGCUUGGCUUUCUGUGGGUGUUACACGUGAAAAGUUAUGUUUAGAAGAGGGGAAGUUUCUACUGCAUAAUUGUCGGGUCCAAGAGGUCAUCUGUUGAUAUUCCCUGUGUAACUCCAUGGUAAAACAGCUUCUGAGAGUGUCAUCAUCUGGAUCUAGAGGUUACUUUUAUGAAAAUGUGGACUGUUAGAAGUCUCUGUACUGCUCAAAUACAGUUACGUCAGUUUAAAGAAGGCAGACUGUGUAGUUGUGUAUUUCCACAAACCCAGCAGUUCUGGAUUGGAUUUCUAAACUACUGCACCCUAACAGCACCACAUGACAGACUUAAAUGCCAGGUUUCCGAGAUAAAUGUUAAACCAUCAGUAAUAGAUACAGCAGUUGCUGUUAGUGCAGAAGGAACUAAAGCAGAUGCUGGAAGGAGUCUCAGUGGAGAAUGUGAUGGAAGACAACGUGCAUUAGAAGCAAAAAUGAAACAUAUCAAUCUGUCAUUUGCAGCUUGUGGGUUUCUGGGUAUUUACCACUUGGGGGCAGCAGCUGCUCUUUACAGACAUGGUAAGAAGUUACUGAAAGUUAUAAAAGAUUAUGCUGGAGCUUCUGCGGGAUCCCUGGCUGCCACUGUCCUAUUAACAGUUCCAGAAAAUAUAGAGAAAUGUGAACAGUUUACCUAUGGAUUUGCAGAGGAAAUUAGAAAAUUGGACUUCGGUGCAGUAACGCCUGGUUACGAUUUUAUGAAAAGACUUAGGGAAGGCAUAGAGUCUAUUCUUCCUUCUAAUGCUCAUGAGAUAGUUGAAAAUCGUCUCUAUGUGUCAGUCACUAACGUGAGAAAUGGGAAAAAUUACUUGUUUUCAAGUUUUGCCUCCAGAGAGGACCUCAUUAAGGUCCUGCUAGCAAGUAGUUUUAUACCAGUGUAUGCAGGAAUGAAGCCAGUGGAAUAUAAAGGAGAGAAGUGGGUUGAUGGUGGCCUUACCAAUGGCCUUCCUAUCUUGCCUUCUGGACGAACUGUGACAAUUUCUCCUUUCAGUGGUCGAUUAGAUAUCUGUCCACAAGAUAAAGGACGUGUGGAUCUUUAUGUUAAACUUGCAAAACAAGAUAUAAUGCUGUCUCUGGCCAACCUAGUAAGACUUAAUCAAGCUAUGUUCCCACCAAACCAAGAGAAAAUGGAAUCACUGUACCAAAAUGGAUUUGAUGAUGCUGUUCAUUUUUUACUAAAAGAAAACUGGUUUGAAUAGAUAGUACAUAGAAAACAAACAAAACCUGAUGGCUGUUGAAGUACAGCAUUAGGUAUCCUUACUAGUAUCCUAGAUUGCUGUCACAAUUUCUGUUUAUCGAAAUAAAAAUCUCAGCUGGAAUUGUUUCAGCUUCUGCCAAGAAAGCAUCAGUUCCAUCCUGCUGUAUAAACAUGUCAGAAUGGGAACUGUACUUGCCUGGUCAUUGUUUUGUUUUGAGGUAACUCAAAUUUAGAUCCAUUUUGCUUCAGCACUGGACUUUAACUUGGUGAGCUUGUGUUAUAAUUAUAGAAGUUUGGAAGUCUUAUCUGAUGUUAUUUGAGACUCAUCAUGGUUGUAUCAUGAAAAAUUAGUCUGUAUUCUUCAGUUAGUAUAAUUGUUGUGUGUGCUCAUCAGGUGUUUACAAUGUUGUUAGUCUAAUGUAUAUUCUAGAAUGUUCUAGAGGAUUUGAACUCAGCACUAGCCACAAGAAAUAAAACAUUUGCACUUUUAUUCUGAUACGAGUAUUUUUUUUAAACAAUAAAGUUCUUGCCGUUCUCAGUG